AGUGAGGGAUGGGGGUCCACUUGUCAGAAAUCAAAAGUCAAAACCCGUUCAUCCAACAAAUCCUCGGGACUAACUAAACGGAUUCGGACGGAACAUAUUUCCGAAGACUGGGCCUACUAGGAAGGUAACGGAAAUUAGAAAGCCGUCACUGUUAACGUUAUUUCCCUCAAUGCAGCAGCAGCUAGAUCGAUUCCUCGUAUUGAAUGCAGUGGCCGGGAAAUCCACCCAACCCCACCCCAGAAAAAGAAAGAAAAAAAAAAAAAAUUCAAAGCUUCUCUUGGAAUUGAAGAGGAGAUGAAAAACCUCUUCUUACCUCAAAAUGUCGAGCAGCAACAGCGCUGCUGGCAGCGAGAGCUCAGUCCACCUCUUUCACAAUCUCAGCAAUCUCAGCCUCGGUUACGCCAUUGCCAUCGCUUUCUCUUUCCUACUCCUUCUCUUAAUCCUCUUCCUCGCCUUUUACGUCUGCCGCCGUGCCACCCGAAACAGUGCUCCACCCCCUAACCCUAACCCUAAUCCCAACCCUAACGGAGUCAUCCUCCCUCGCAUCAUCUUCGUCGCUGAAGACGAUGAUGACGACGCCAUCACUGGCCUCGAUGCCUCCGUAAUCAGCUCAUACCCUAAAUUCCCUUUCUCGUCCAAGGAUCGCAGCUGCGGCGUUGGGGGAGAUUCUGUCUGCCCCAUCUGCCUCUGCGAUUACAGGGAUGGGGAGAUGCUGCGCAUGUUGCCAGAUUGCCGCCACCUGUUCCACCUCUCCUGCGUCGACGCCUGGCUUCGGCUCAACACUUCGUGCCCUGUCUGCCGCACGUCACCGCUCCCGACGCCCAUGUCGACUCCUCUGUCAGAACUCGUGCCUCUUUCGCAUUUCUCAGCUGAUCGCAGGAGCCCCGUGGCACUCCCAAAUGCACAUCCCUUUUAAUCAUCAAGAGCAUCAUCAAUCAAAUCUGGGAUUUUGAAUGUGGCCUACAACCAAAUUCAUCAAGAGCGUCAUCAAUCAAAUCUGGGAUUUCGAAAGUGGCCUACAAUGAAAUUACAUCUGGAUUCUCUCUUUGAUGCCUUGGCUUCAUCUAAGGAAUGCUAAGGAGGCUCGCAUUGGUGUGUUGAGCUUUAUGUAUGAUGAGCUCUGCACUUGGACGCUCAAGACAUUCAAGCAAGGUGGGAAAAUACAAAGAGAGCAAUGGGUAGGAGCCGUGGGUUCAACGGCGACUACAGCGACAGCUGGGAGAUGAGAGGUCAUUUCUGUUUUUUGCCCUUUUUUUUUUUUUGGAGGGUUCUGCAGAACGUUGUUUCCUCAUCUCUUGUUUCAGCGAAUACAAAUAGGUUUUUUAUGCAGGAAAUACUCUGCAUUCGAUGCACAAGGAUGCUGUGGUUUUAAACAAUGGUAUAAUGCUGAGUUUGCAUUGGAGAAGGAAAACUGGCACCAUAACCGGUGGUUGAAAAUUGAAUGAUAGUCCUGUAAAAAGUAGGAAGGGAUAAUAAUAAUAAAAGGAAAAGAAAAGAAAAGAAAGGUUGAAAAUGGAACAAUGGUUUUCCUUAAAAAAUAGGGGAUAAAGAAAAAGAAACCAUUUUGCUAAGAGAGAUGGACCAUCAAAUGUACUGGAAAUAUGGAAGACCAAUACAAAGAGAAAAAAAAAAAC